AUGAAAGAACCUGAAAACAAUGAUAUUAUAAAAAAAUACUUAGCAAUGCCUUUUAAAGUGCAAGGAUAUUUUUGGUCCACUGCUUCAUCUCAACAAAAGCUCCCAAAAAUUUCUAAAAUAAAUUUAUUUCAGAAUACACCUUUACAGAUCUUACAAACAUUUGAUAUAAAAGAAAUUCAAACAUUAGAAGAAGAACAAGUGGUAAUUCAAUAUGAUUCAUCUGGCAAACCGUCAAUAUUGCUUCAGAAUUCAGAGUUACUCGAUAAUAUUCAUAAUUCAGUAGAGUAUGGAUUUGCUAAUACACGUGGGUAUAAAGAAGCCAUUAAA